CUGAUUUCUUACUACUUCGAGCUGUGUUCUGCUAAAUAAACAUGGAUGUUUUGUGAUAGAGCGGGUGUGUUAUCUGAGGAGUAAAGUGCGGGCGAAAAUUUUCAAAUUACCCAUGGCGAAACGUAGUCCACCGAAAUCUGCGUUUGCAGGUUUACGAUAUGUUCAAACAUUAAGCUCCCUAGCCGUUCCAGCAUCACUUGAACAAGUGCCUGAAGAGACCGAAUCGAAAACUGAUGGCUUAAAGCCUGAAAUAUUUGGAACAGAUGAUUGGAAAAGUAUUGAAAAAGCAGUCAAAGAAAUAUGCAGAAAAAAAUUCUUCCUCACAGAACAUCAGAAUAUAUACAACUUGCACCAAAAUGUCAAAAACAUAUUGAGAUCAAGAACAGGUACAUUUCUUUGCGACUGUUAUAAAGAUUGGCUUGCGAAAGAGUUGGCCAUCAUAUCUCAGAGACUUAGACAUCAGCAAGGUUCUAGGCUUUUACAAUGCUUAGAAGAAUUGUGGUCCACUUUCUACAUGGAGACCGUACCAUUGCUAGAAGCUGUGUUACAUUUGGUAAAACCUAAAGGGAGAGUAUCUGUGAGAACUGUGACGCUUGCCUUGUUUAGGGAUAUUGUAUUCUUCUCUGAAGACAUAGAAGAUGCUGUACACACAGAACGAGAUUCCAUUAGCCCUGGAAUUCGGCAUGCAAUUCUAAUUCUACAAAGUGUGAAUGACACAUAUCCACCCUGCAAAAACAGACUGCGUUUAGAAUCUCUAGCUGCUCAAAUAUGCAGUCCUUUCAUGGGUUACUUCGGAUUGUAUGAAAAUGGCGAAUUAGUGACGACAUCCAAUGAACCUGCAGCUUUUGCGAAAAGAAGACCGAGUGCUGAUGUCGGCCCUCGUCGUAUUUCUCGUCCAUUCAGUGUUCAACCGCAGCAAAUGGAGACACUGAAUCAGUUAUUCAAAAAGGCUAUUCGACAUAAAGGACAAAAGACUCACGGUAGAUUCCAUCAGAAAAUGAUGUAGAUAAUUAAACGGUACGGAUGGUAUAUCUAUUUCUACCCUCAAUAAAAGGAAAUGUAUAUUUAA